AUGGCUAUUAACAGUUGGCUCAUAGAAGUUGUUGUUCACCGAAAUGCUGGUGGCAGCGUUCAGCACGCCCUCAGAGAUAUUAUCAUCCUAGAUGAAGUCUUGGGCCUCAAGGAAAUAGCUAUUGUCCACCACACCGACUGUGGCACCCUUCGAUUUAGAGAUGAAGACGUACGGAAGUCUCUCAAAGCGAAGACCGAUCCUAAACACUGGCCGGAAAUUGAUGCGAUGUAUAUAGGUGCAAUUACAGAUGUUGAACAAAGCGUUCGAGAUGACCUUGAAUGGCUCCGAACAACGCCUUUUGUGAGGAAGGAUUUGGUUGAACGAACAUUCGGCUUCAUUUUUGACGUUAAAACAGGGUUAGUUAGUCAAGUGUCGUCCAGUAAUCAGGCAUAG